AUGAUCAACCUUGGCACUGACGAUUGCUUGCAACAACUAUUCUUCAACAUAAGUUGGCACGAUUUCUUAGCUCUUUCUGCGCACACAUACAAUCAACCCACACUUGAGUUCCUUUCCACUUAUGCGUGGGGCGACACAGAGGAGGUGCUCACAUUUAAACUCCAGGGUCGGCAACACCGACUCAAAUACGACAACCUCAACACUAUCAUAGGCAUAUACGAUACACACAACACCGACAUCUAUAGUUAUCAAUUGACCCAAUUCAAGAGUUUGCCCAAAGUAGAGUUUUGGACUCAAAUCACUAGUCUUCUAAACUUCAAUCCAAGUCGAAAAAAAGAUCCUUACAUCAUCCAUCCUUGUUGGAGAAUUUCCCACCGGAUCCUUUCAACUUCCAUCUUUGGUUGUCACGAGCCAGGACAAAUCAACACAGUCGAGCUAUAUUUCCUCUAUUGCAUGACUAGCCGUCGUUGGUCUUGCCCCGGUUUCGCCACUUUUUUCUUGGACAAGUGUGAUAUCAUACACAUGAAGACCACUAGCGACAUUUGCAUUGGAGGUCUCAUUACCCUAAUUGGUUUGGGUGUGGGCCUUCAAUUUCCCGAGUCUAAGUAUGUGCCAGUGGAUGACCCACCUCUCUACCUUCUCGACUGCUUAGCCCACACUAGGAUGGAAUUAUUGGUACCUAUCAACAAUCGUCAAUACUCCUGGCUCAACCACGUCAAGCAACCAGUUUAUACUUUACAUAAUAUAAGCAUAUCCGCCUUUACCACCAGCGACCAUGAAACUUGGUUCUUUCCUAAAGAGUUACAUGAUGAUGAUGUUGCAGAAGAUGAUGAUGAGAUGCAGGUAGACACUGGCCAUGCUGGUAGCCCAUUCGAGGCCGAAGACCAUUAUGACCUCCCAAUCCGACAACUGCCACCACCCUUUUAUGAUCAGCCCUCGGGAGCACACUUCGAGCCACAACAUGAGUACCAUUCCUAUCAACAACACAACGAGCCUGAGUUCCCUCUUGACAUCUACAGUCAGCUUGGUUCAUUGCACCUCCAGGGAAACCAGAAUACAACAGUCAUUCGACGUAUCGAGGAGCAGCAAGCUCGCGCCAGCAACUACAUGGAUGAUCUUUGGUAUCAUUUUCGUCCCGAAGGCGGUUACCGCCCUCGUGGGCCUCCUCCACCUUGA